UCUGACCAAUAGAAACCAUGUUACUGUCAAAGAGAAAUAAAAGUGAAGCCACGUUCACUCUCUUGGGCUUCUCAGAUUACCCAGAACUGCAAGUCCCCUUGUUUUUUAUUUUUCUGGUCAUCUACAGUGUCACUGUUGUAGGAAAUAUUGGAAUGAUUGUAAUAAUCAAAAUUAACCCCAAACUGCACACUCCCAUGUACUUUUUUCUCAGCCACCUCUCAUUUGUAGAUUUCUGCUAUUCCUCCAUCAUUGCUCCCAAGACCUUGGUAAAUCUAGUCAUAGAGGACAGAACCAUUUCAUUUCUAGGAUGUGUAGUACAAUUCUUUUUCUUCUGCACCUUUGUGGUAACUGAAUCCUUUUUACUGGCUGUGAUGGCCUAUGACCGUUUCGUGGCUAUUUGCAACCCUCUGCUCUACACAGUCGCCAUGUCCCAGAGACUCUGUGCCUUGCUCGUGGUCGGGUCAUAUGCAUGGGGAGUAGCAUGCUCCUUAAUACUCACAUGUUCUGCUAUCAAAUUAUCAUUUCAGGGUUUCAACAUAAUUAAUCAUUUCUUCUGUGAGUUCUCUGCAUUGCUCUCUCUCUCUUGCUCUAAUACUUAUGUCAACCACUUGCUGCUUUUCAUUUUUGCCACUUUUAAUGAGGUCAGCACACUAUUCAUCAUUCUCCUGUCUUAUGUGUUUAUCCUUGUGACCGUCCUCAAGAUGCAUUCAGCCAGUGGUCGCCGCAAAGCGUUCUCCACCUGUGCCUCACACCUGACGGCCAUCACCAUCUUCCAUGGCACCAUUCUCUUCCUCUACUGUGUGCCCAACUCCAAAAACUCCAGGCACACAGUCAAAGUGGCGUCUGUGUUCUACACCGUAGUGAUUCCCAUGUUGAAUCCCCUGAUCUACAGUCUAAGAAAUAAAGACGUCAAGGACACAGUCAGCAAGUUAUUGGACAUUAAAGUCUUUUCCUUUUGAGCAUAUUAUUUAGUG